AUGGUCCAAAACAAAGCCCUCGUCUACAAGAAACUGCCCUCGGGCACCCCCGUCGUCGGCGAACACCUGGCCAUCGAAGCGCUCGACUUCGACCUCAGCCAGCCCAUCCCCGAUGGCGGCCUGCUCGUGCGCGGCCUCUACUUCAGUCUGGACCCGUACAUGCGCGGCCGCAUGCGCGAUCCGCUCACCACCAGCAGCUACGUGCCAGCGUUCCCCCUGGACAAGCCCAUGGUAGCCUACGGCCUGGUGCAGGUCAUCAAGUCCGCCAACCCCAAGUACGCCGCGGGCAGUAUCGUGUUUGGCAUCUUUGAGAUUGCCGAGUACAGUGUUGCUGCUGUGCCCGCGCGGUUUGAGCUGCCGAUUGGGCAGACCAUUGACAGCAAGGAGUUUGUUGCUGCUGCUGCUGCUGGGGGCAGCAAGAAAGUGAAUGGGGUCGAGCUGUCGUAUUACCUGAGUGUUCUGGGCAUGACGGGUCUGACUGCUUAUUCGAGUUUGUAUGAGAUCGGGCAGCCCAAGAAGGGCGAGACCAUCUUUAUCUCGUCUGCGGCGGGCGCGGUGGGACAGAUUGUCGGGCAGAUUGCGAAGCGCGAAGGGCUGCGGGUGAUUGGGAGCGUGGGCGAUGAUGCCAAGCUGGCCUUCAUUGUGAAUGAGCUGGGCUUUGAUGCUGGGUGGAAUUAUAAAAAGGGCGAGACGCCGCUGGAGGCGUUGAAGCGGUUGGCGCCGGAGGGCGUGGAUAUCUAUUACGACAAUGUCGGCGGCGAGCAGUUGGAUGCUGCGCUGCAGACGAUGAAUGUUGGGGGGAGAAUUGUUGUCUGUGGCAUGAUCUCGCAGUACAACCUGCCAGCGGACCAAAAAUACCCAAUCAAAACCCUCGGGGCCCUCGUCUCAAAGAGAGUCAGAAUGCAGGGCUUCCUCGUCAACGACCCGGACUUUGGCCCCAAGUACUUGAAGGAGAGGAACGAACGCAUUUCAGAGUGGCUCGCCGAGGGCAGCAUCGUGUGCAAAGAGGAUGUCAGCUAUGGCAUCGACUCGGCGCCCACGGCGUUUGUGGACAUGCUCGCGGGCAAGAAUUUUGGCAAGGCUGUUGUCAAGGUUGCUGAUCCGGAGUAG